GACUGGCACGUGAACGUGGCAAGUGAGCUGCUAGUGAAAACAUUACGGCAGCUGGAGCGCAUAGACGGCGCUGGCGUCAAAGAAAUUGCUCAGAAGAAGAGAGCGGCACCCUGAGCUUCCUAUCAGAAACUUGGCUGUAGCCUAGCAGCCCAUGAUUAAGACGAGAACACGAACUGAUGGACAACAGCAGAACACAUAAUGAAAGACAUUGACAAGAGAGGGAGUGACAAAGAUGAUACCUGGUGUGAUGGGACAGAGAACGAGGAAGAGGAGGUUCCUAUAAGAAGAAGUUUCUCUGUGGAGGAUCUUCUGGAUGAGGUGGAGAAAAUCAGUAAUGUUGCCUCUGGAGGCUCAAAGGUGAAGGUGGUGGUGAGACUGUGGAAGGAUGGCUUCACCCUGAAUGACGAGGAGUUCAGGAGCUACUCUGUACAGGAGAACCAGGAUUUCCUGGAAGCCAUCAAACGAGGUGAGCUGCCUGUGGAGUUGGAAAGCAGGGCAGAGCAGGAGGAACUGGAGGUGAAUGUAGAGGAUCUAACAGAGGAGGUGUAUGUCCCCAGGAAGAAGACCUUUCACCCCUUCAGUGGGCCAGGGUACAGGCUGGGCAGUGUUGCUCCCAGAGUAGUGGUCCGGUCUCCAUCGGUGCACGAGGAGGGGGAGUUCCUCCCGAUCCCCAUGAUAACACUGGACCACGGCCUCCCUGUCACCUCUCUGCAAAUCUGGUUGGCCGACGGCAGGAGGCUGGUGCAGAGGUUCAACCUAUCACACAGGAUUAGUGACGUUCACGACUAUGUCCAGCGCUGUCAGAGGAACGGCUCACCUUUCAUCUUGACCACCUCACUUCCUUUCCGAGAGCUCCGGGAGGAGGAGCUAAGUCUGGAGCAGGCGGACUUAACUAAUGCUGUCAUCGUCCAGAGGCCCCUCAACACAGAGGCCCCCUUCGGACACACCUGAGUCUUAACCAAUCGGAACACUCACAGAGACCCUGAAAUCCCACCCACUGGUCACACAGACCCUUUCCCCAACCGAAACAUCCCUCUUAGUUCACUCCCGAAGUGAAGGCAAUACUUACAUACAGUAGUCCCUCUAUGGUCUGUCCAGGGUGGAGGCGUUGCUCCCAUUCCCCAGUCACAGCCCCCCUUACAUUCAUCCAAGCCUCCUUUACUUCCCUCUGUAACUGCGGACAUCUCACAUCACUCCUUGAGCAUCAACAGGGCUCAAACUGCCUCCACUACGGCUCUAGCAAUGUGAUGAAAACCCAACACAGCCAAUUCAGCCGUAUCUUCCUAUGUGUCUGUCAAAUGAUCCCUAAGCUCAACACGUCUACCUAUUCUGUAACUAUUACUAAGGAUAUGGAAUACACUGUGAAUGUUGUGCACUAUUUUAAAGUGCAUUCAUGUUAAUGUGGAGUGGGUGAUUGGUGAUUAUUAAGCAGCUAUAGUCUAGUGUGCGUCAAGAAAACAUAUUCUGUUUCAUCAUCAUUCUGUCUUUAUGGAAAAGGUGCAAUCACAUUUAACCUUUUACUGCAGUGGGCUAAAACAGGGUCACACAGAGUGUUUCUUGGUAGUCUUAAACAAAUCUACUU